AUCUAUGGGACUCCUCUGUAACUUUCAGAACAAUUUUUCCCAAAGAGAGUGGGAGGCUUUAAAAAGAGGACGUCGGAUUGGGAGUUUGGGAUAAUUCUGACGGAGAGGACAGUGAGAAGUUGAAUAUAUCACUCUUUGGUUCACUGAAGGAGGAGAGAGGGAGCGAGGGAGAGAGGGACCAAGGGAGAGCAUAGACGGAGGACGUGUGCCCAUGAGGUCGUUGCUGUUGGUGCUCCUGCUCAUUGGCAUCCAGGCUGUACUGAACAUGGAAGGGGCCCUGGGCCCGGUGGCUGCCAACCACAGUGCAGAACACCACACAGCAGCCAAUGGCAGAGCAGAACAGCACACAGCAACCAAUGGCAGAACAGAACACCACACAGCAGCCAAUGGCAGAGCAGAACUACAGAGGACGGCCCGACUGUCAGUGUCACCUCAGCAGGAGCAGCCAGCAGCAGACAGGGAUACUCAGCUGAGACCCAGCCGGACCAGACAGGCCCACAGACCAGCCUCUCUACCCCAGGACAGGAGUUCUUCCCUGGGCCAUUCUGAGACAGACUCCUCCUCUUCCCCCUCCAUCCCUGAGGUGGACCCCAAACUGUUCAGCAAGCGGAAGUACCGCACCUCAUCACGCGUCGUCUUCAGCGACGUACCCCCCUCUCACCACACCCUGGGGGGGGAGACAGGGGAUGAGGAGGAAGGGGUGAUGGGUGGGGGAGUGAGGGUGAGGCGGAGAGCGGGGGGGCAGCCCAUGCACAGGGGGGAGUACUCCGUGUGCGACAGCAUCAGCGUGUGGUUGGGGAACCUGACCAAGGCCACAGACAUCGCCGGCAACGAGGUGGAGGUUCUGCCAGAGGUGAAGAUAGACAACGUCCGCAAGAGACAGUUCUUCUACGAGACCACCUGCCGCGUGGCCACACCCCCGGGGGGCGGAGCUGGGGCUGGGGGAGGGGCCAGUGGAGGCAUUUCUAAAGCAGGGUGCCGCGGCAUCGACAGCCGUCACUGGAACUCGUACUGCACCAACACACACACGUACGUGCGCGCGCUCACCAAGUUCAAGGAGCAGACGGCGUGGAGGCUGAUACGCAUCAACGCAGCGUGUGUGUGUGUCCUCAGCCGCAAGUCCUGGAGGCACUGACCUCUCACCCCUAGGACUAUGGACCCAUAUAUACACACACACACACAAACAAACACCGAUUGCACAGUCAGACACGUAAACAACCUUGAAACAGCCACUACAAAUGUAUUGUAGUGUUAGACUCCCCUCCCACACACAGACACACUCCCACACACAGACACACUCCCACACACAGACACACUCCCACACACAGACACACUCCCACACACAGACACACUCCCACACACAGACACACUCCCACACACACAGACACACUCCCCUGUAUCCGACCAGCCCCUUCCCCUCUCCUUACCCUACCUCAGUCAGAUUUCUGGUUCUUCUAACUUAUGAGGACUGCAUGUCAUAUUUAUAGUUUAUACAGUCAAAUAUAUAUUAAAUAAGUGUAUAUAUACAGGGCCUUCGGUAACUAUUCAGACCCCAUGACUUUUCAACAUUUUCUUACGUUACAGCCUUAUUCGAAAAUUAAUAAAAUAAAAAAAAUUGCUCAUCUAACUACACACCCCAUAAUGACAAAGUGAAA